AUGCUCCGGGCGACCCCCCGCCGCUUCGCUCGUGGGCUCGCCUUUGGCCGCCGCCCUCACGUGCGACCUCCUCCGCCGCCUCCGCCUCCGUCUUUCGUGACGCAGUCGGGCGUGCCUGAGCUUUCGCUGUUCUCGGUCGUCGGCGCUAACAUGGUUGUGCACGCCUUCUGGCAGGAUCGGAGGUGGCAGCCUUUCAUGCACCGCCAUUUUGUGCUCAGCCUCGAGAGCGUGCGGCGCCGGCGCUGGCACACGAUGAUCACGUCCGCUUUCUCGCAGCUCUCUCCCUCGCACCUGCUCACCAACAUGGUGAUGCUCAGCUUCUUUGGCCUGAGCCUGCCGCGCCGGCUCGGCGUGCCAGCCUUCGCGACGCUCUACCUCGCAGGCUCGGUCGUCAGCUCGAGUGCCUGGCUCGCCGAGCAGCAGACGCUGCGCGACCGCACGAGCGCGCUGCGCGAGCGGGCGGAGAUCCAGGCGGCGGGCUGCGUGGGCGCGAGCGGCGCGGUGGCCGCCUGCGUCACGGGGGCCUGCGUCCUCGACCCAGGCCGGAGGGUCUACCUCUUCUUCCUGGGCACUUGGGCGGUGCUCUGGCGGGUGCGGCGUUCGUGGGCUUGA